UAUUUGGGAACGUAUGAGUGAAUGAAAAUCUGGUAAAGCGUAAAACCCUUUUGACAUCGUCGCAGCAGAGUUUAUAUCCGCAACAAAGACGAUCGAAUUGCAGUUUGUGGUGGCGUGAUACCAAGUGACAAUGAGCGCACAAACGGCGCCGUAUCACCAGCCUGCGACGCUGGAAGAAGUCCGUACUCUAUGGAUUGGAGAUUUGCCCUACUGGGCUGACGAGAACUAUCUCCGUGCCUGGUUUUCCCACACCGGCGAGGUCCUCUCGAUUAAAGUAAUUCGCAACAAAAUCACAGGACAGCCUGAGGGUUAUGGGUUUGUAGAAUUCACAUCACAUCAAGUUGCCGAGGGUAUUCUGCAGUCCUAUAAUGGAACCCAGAUUCCUGGGACCGAACUAACUUUCAGGUUGAAUUGGGCAUCUUCUGGGAUAGGGGAAAGGCGUACUGAUGGAGGCCCUGAACACUCCAUCUUUGUUGGAGAUUUGGCACCAGAUGUUACAGACUAUCUGUUGCAGGAGACUUUCCGAGUUAGUUAUCCAUCAGUUAGAGGGGCCAAGGUUGUCACUGAUCCAAAUACUGGGCGUUCCAAGGGAUAUGGAUUUGUUAAGUUUGCUGAUGAGACAGAAAGAAAUCGAGCAAUGGUUGAGAUGAAUGGUCUCUAUUGCUCGACUAGGCCCAUGAGAAUUAGUGCGGCAGCUCCGAAAAAAACAGCCGCUGGCGUCCAGCAACCGUAUGCUGCAACUAAAGCAAUAUAUCCAGCUCCCGCUUCUUAUACAACUCCUGUGCAAGCAAUUCCAGUGGAUAAUGAUAUCAAUAACACUACCGUUUUUAUUGGUAAUCUGGACCCUAAUGUUACUGAGGAAGAAUUGAGGCAGAUAUUUUUGCAGUUUGGGGAUAUUGUUUACGUCAAAAUCCCUGCAGCUAAGGGAUGUGGUUUUGUGCAGUUUGCUGCAAGGACUUCAGCUGAAGAAUCAAUCCAGAGAAUGCAGGGUACUGUGAUUGGUCAACAAGUUGUCCGGCUUUCUUGGGGAAGGAGUCCAACGGCAAAACAGGAUGCUGUUGGAGUUUGGGGUCAGGCUGAUCCAAGCCAAUUGAGUGCUUAUUAUGCAUACGGACAAGGCUAUGAUGCCUAUGCAUAUGGUGCCACCCAAGAUCCUUCAGCAUAUGCAUACGGUGCAUAUGCUGGUUACGGACAGUACCCCCAUCAGACUGAAGGAGCUCCAGACAUGACUGCCUUAUCAGGAGUUGCUCAGCCUAUGGAACACACAGAGGAACUUUACGAUCCUUUGGGUACACCUGAUGUUGACAAGUUAAAUGCUGCCUACCUCGGUGUUCAUGGAAGAGCUAUCUUGGGAAGGCCUUUGUGGCAGACCACCUCUUCGCUUCCACAGCAAACCUAGAAGACGCAGUCCAUUUAUGUACUCAUUAUCAUUACUCUCUCGGUAGCAUGUUGCUGGGAGAAAAUUAUAUGCUGCAUUUUUUUUAUGUUUUGCAGUGAGACUCAGUAAAUGUUGCAGCCAUCUUUAGGUACAAAAUCCGAGCCCUCGGCUAGAAAAUACAUCAUCCCCAUUUAGACCCAACUUAAGGCAGGGGAUUGCGUUUGUUAGUUUUAGUUUUAGUUUUAGUUUGUGUGAGAUGAAAAGUUGCUCCUUGAAAUAUGCAACACAUUAUGAUUUUUUUAAAAGUUUGAAAUAUCACAA